UUUAUUUUAGAAAAAAUUAUUUAUUUUUUGUCACCUAACUAUUUCUUCUUAAUCAAUUUUCAUUUCUUACAAGAUUUUUUUUUUAAAAAUAAAAUAUUUUGUAAUUUUUUUUUGUAAAAUUAAAGUAUUCAAUCUGAAUGCCCUUCUCAAAGGUGAAGAAAAACAAUAUAAUUUCUUACUUUUCUAAGUUUUACUGUAAAUUCCAACAAGCUUUGAAUAAAUCCAGAAUAUUCGAUAAUUUCCUAUUCGAAUGUUUAAAGGAAAUUUGGUACUUAAUAACACUUGGAUUUUCAAUGGCGCUUCUCAGUUUCUCCAUCGAUUUUACCAUGGCCCAAUUUUUAAAAGGUAGAUCGUUAUCUUAUGAAAAGUUGGCAGGAUAUGUAACUGGCCAAUAUGGCGUUUGGAUUGGAUAUGUGAUUUUGCUUUUGAUAGUGCCCGCUAUCUUGUCCCAUUAUUUGAGUCCCUACUCUAUAGGUUCCGGAAUACCAGAAAUUAAGACCAUCUUACAAGGCUCUAAGAUGGACGAAAUUUUUACCAUAUCAACUUUAAUCUCGAAAUCAGUAGGCCUUAUAUUGGUGGCUGGGAGUGGAAUUCCAGUCGGGAGAGAAGGACCAUUCAUUCAUAUAGCGUGUAUAUUAGCUAUGAAGUUAUAUUCCUUAUUCUACAAAAAGAACUUCCAGGAACAGGACAAAAAGAACGAAUAUCUAAUAUCAGCUUGUGCUGUUGGAGUGGCCUGCUGUUUCUCAUCUCCCAUUGGUGGUGUCCUAUAUAGCAUAGAAGUGACAUCGACAUAUUUCCCGGUUAGGAAUUAUUGGAGAGGUUUCUUUUGCGCCAUCUCGGGAGCAUUAUUCUACAAACUCCUAGAUAUCUUAUUUUACGGAAAAGAAAUCCUGACCAUCUAUUUUAAAUCGAAAUUUCUUUACAACAUCUUACUUGGACCUCAAGAAUUAGCUAUAUUCGUUUCAAUAGGUGUAAUAUGCGGCCUUUCCGGUUCGGUUUUCAUAUUCGUUUACAAAUAUUACAUCCUAUUCAUCAAGAGCGAUAGAAGCAUAAGCCGCUUUUUGAUGGAAAAUUGGUGGUUAUAUACUUUGUUAGUUGCAUUCAUAAUAUCAUCAGCCUCUUUUCCUGGUGGAUUGGGAAAAUAUUAUAUCUCGGAGAUGACCCAAUCGGAACUGAUAAAACACAUGUUUUAUAACAUGUCUUUCAGCCAAGGACCGGUGUCUCACUAUUCCUAUUCCAAUCAUGAAAGCGGAGUAUUAAAAAUGGCGGAAGAUAAUAAUAAUGAUUAUUUUAGACUACUAACUUUGAUAGUAUAUCAAUUUAUAUCGAUAAUUCUUAUCAUAACGUUGCCGAUCCCUAAUGGAUUAUUUAUUCCUGUCUUUAUUAUAGGAGCAGCUAUUGGCAAAAUGUGCGGAAAUUUGGUUAAUUUGGUUUUUGUCGAUAUACAAAAUCAAUAUCCUAAUCCACAAAUGUUAAACGGAAUAUAUGCGAUGAUAGGGGCGGCAUCAAUGUCAGGAAGUGUCACGCGAACUAUAUCUACAUCGGUAAUAGUUUUUGAACUAACAGGGCAAAUGACACAUUUAUUACCCACUAUGAUAUCGGUUCUGGUUGCUAACGCAGUAGCACAUUGCCUGAUCCCUUCCAUAUACGAUGUCAUUAUAAUGACAAAAAAGUUGCCAUUUUUACCCGAUCUUAUGACCCAUUCAAAGAGAAUAAGAGACAAGAGCGUUAGCGAAAUUAUGAGGAGGGCCUGCGAUAUGCAAUGCGUAGAAUUGUGUUUCACUCAUAGUGACUUGAAAAAUUUGCUGGAAAAAGUUAAUUUUGAAGAAAUCCCUAUAGUCGAUGAUAAAAAUAAGUUCACCUUUUUAGGAACAGUUAAAAGAUCGGUGUUAGAAAAUUUGUUAGGAAUGUCACCCAAAGAGUGGUGCCCAAAUUCUCAGAACUUAUUGUUUAAACCAAAUGAAGACAGAUUGGUGAUAACAGGAAAUCGAGCAACAAAUUUGGAUAGAAAGAUUUCCAGAAUUGUGGAGAGAAUCGAUUUUGAAGAGUUGAUCAAAAAAAAUAAAAUGAUUUCGUCUAUACAAAUUUUACCAAAUGUAACGUUGAUUAAAGUUCAUGAACUUUUUUCUGUCCUCAAGAUAGAUAAUUUAUAUGUGACUUCACUAGGAAAACUUCUAGGCAUGAUCUCUUAUAAGGAUAUGAUAGAUCAAAUGAUAUAAAUAUUUUAAAAAACCAAACAAAUACCUAUGUAAUAAAUUGAUAUGUGACACCUGUUUAUCAACCAAUAUAACUAUGAAAUGCCCAUUUUGCAAUCAAGGGUAUCAUCAAGAUAGGUGGAAUGAAGGAGAGAAAAAAAUAUGAAAAUUUGGAUGAAUGAAAGAAAAGAUAGUUUCUUCUUAAUUAAAAUAUUAUUUCGUAAUUAUAGUUUAUAGUUAUAUUUUGCAAGUAACAAUAAAUCAAUUUUUUAAUUAAUUUUUGUAUUCAAUUACAAAUUUUUAAUACUAUAUUUACAAAAAUAAUUUUUGAUCUAAAUAAUAAUAAAAAAAAGUAUAGAAGUGUU